AUGUAUCAUCCUCUCCGGCUCCGCGGCCUUCUCCUCAACCAAUCGUGCUCCGAACUGCCAAAGAAGCUGAACCACAAGUCCGACCCUAACCACUCCUUCUCCCUCCUCUCCGAGCCUCCGGAGCACAGCCUCUACUACAGCUGCGACGCCUGCGGCGAUCUCAUCCGAGCCUUCGGCUUCCAGUGCGACAAAUGCGACCACAGAAUGCACGUGAAAUGCGCUCUCCUUCCCGAAUCGGUCGAGUGCAAGGCGCACGAGCACGCUCUCCAGCUACACUACACCGCCACCAAGCCUAACGUCGACGGCUCUGCGAAGGAGAAAGAAGAAGAGGAAGAGGAAGAGGAAGAGGAAUUGCCUGUUGAAUUGCAGCUAGCGAAGGCGAGAAUCGAGAUGGAGAACCAGAGGGUUAGGCUGGAGUUUCAGAUGCAAAUGGCGCGGCAGAAUGCGCAGUUCAUGAACAGCAUAGCCAAUUCAUGGAGGAGUGCCUUCUGA